AUGCUCUUGUCGCUGACGCUCUUCCUGUGGAGGCUUCGCCGGCAUCUCUGCACCAUGUUCAGCUCAGACAGACUCACGGUCCCGGAUUAUGUUAGCCGACUGCAGAGAGGAAGGAGCGGCUCCGGCUCCGGCUCCGGCCCCAGGGCGGUUUCUCCGGGCAUCAGCGCAGACGUCCACGCCGUCCUGGAGACCUCCAUCCCCGCCCUGCGCGGCGCCAUCAGGAGGCUGAAGUCGGGAAAGGAGAGCUCGGAUUCGGACGAGACGCGCAGGGCCGUGGCGGAGAUCUAUCAGCUGGUGGAGGAGGCGUGGGUUCUGCCCACCGUGGGGCGACAGGUGGCCGAGGGCAUCUGCAACAGGAUCCGGCUGGACGGAGGCCUGGAGCUGCUGCUCCAGCUCCAGCAGACGCCGGCGGUGGAGAUCACCUACGAGUCUGCGAAGCUGCUGGAGCAGAUACUGAUCGCAGACAACAGGGACUACGUGGCCCGCAUGGGCCUGGGCGUCGUCCUCAACCUGAGCCGGCAGCAGGAGGACGCCCAGCUGGCUCGCAGCGUCUCCGGCAUCCUGGAGCACAUGUUCAAACACACCGAGGAGACGUCGGUGCACCUCAUCGCCAACGGCGCCCUGGACGCGCUGCUGUUCUGGUGCAGGAGCACCGACCCCACCGUGCUGCGCCACUGCGCCCUGGCCCUGGCCAACUGCGCCAUGUACGGGGGCCACCGCUGCCAGCGCCGGAUGAUCGAGAAGCAGGCGGCCGAGUGGCUCUUCCCGCUGGCCUUCUCCAAGGAGGACGAGCUCAUUCGCUUCCACGCGUGUCUGGCGGUGACCGUGUUGGCCGCCAACCGGGAAAUCGAGAAGGAGGUGGUGAAGUCGGGGACCUUGGAGCUGGUGGAGCCGUUCAUCGCCUCUUUGGACCCGGACGACUUCGCCCGCAGUUUGCUGGACAGUGCGGACUCGAUGCAGGGAAGGACGGCGUCCGACCUGCAGCAGCUACUGCCGCUGCUGGACGGCACCAGGCUGGAGGGAAAGUGCAUUGCAGCCUUUUACCUCUGCGUUGAGGCCAGCAUCAAGUCCCGUCAGAACAACACUAAGAUAUUCCAAGAGAUCGGAGCGGUGCAGAGCCUCAAAAGAAUCGUCAUGUACUCCAGCAACGGCACGGCCUGCGCGCUCGCCAAGCGGGCGCUGAGCAUGAUGGGAGAGGAGGUGCCCAAGCGCAUCCUGUCGUGCGUGCCCAACUGGAAAACCUGUGAGGUGCUGACCUGGCUGCAGCAGGUGGGCUUCAGCGCCUACUGCGAGCGUUUCCAGGAGCUGCAGGUGGAUGGAGACCUGCUGCUGAACAUCACAGACCAGGAUCUGAGCUCCGACCUGGGCAUGACGGCGGGCCUUGUUCGAAGAAGAUUCCUGAGAGAUCUGCGCGUGUUGAAGACGUACGCCAACUACUCCACGUGUGACCCCAACAACAUGGCCGACUGGCUGGCUGAGGUGGACCCUCGGUUCCGCCAGUACACCUAUGGCAUGGUCCAGUCGGGGGUCGAUCGCGGCAGCGUCCAGCACCUGACGGACCAGCAGCUCCUGCAGGACUGCCUCGUGGACAACGGGGUCCACAGGGCCAAGAUACUGUAUGCCAGCCGCAAACCCGCUAGGCCCUGCCACACGGACGCGCGGCCCGCCGGGCCCGACGUGUUCAUCAGCUACCGCCGGACCACGGGCUCCCAGCUGGCCAGCCUUCUGAAGGUGCACCUGCAGGUUCGAGGCUACAGCGUCUUCAUAGAUGUGGAGAAGCUGGAGGCUGGGAAGUUUGAGGACAAACUGAUUCAGAGUGUGCAGCGGGCGCGUAACUUCAUCCUGGUGCUGUCUGCCAACGCGCUGGACAAGUGCAUGGGGGACAUGGCCAUGAAGGACUGGGUGCAUAAGGAGAUAGUCACAGCUCUGGCUGCCAAGAAGAACAUCGUUCCCGUCACAGAUAACUUUACGUGGCCCGAUCCCACGUCCCUGCCAGAGGACAUGAGAGCUAUCCUCAACUUCAAUGGCAUCAAAUGGUCCCAUGAGUAUCAGGAGGCCACGAUCGAGAAGAUCCUGCGCUUUCUGAAAGGACAACAAGACCAGGUAGACAAGCCUGACGCGUCCAAAGGGCAGAAGAAGCAAUGAACCAACCUCUCUGUAAUAACUUCCAACAUGGCUUCUGGUGAAAAGUGCAGCAGCUUCCUCUGUUCAAAUGCAUGGUAUUGUUAAAUCUACAUGCUCACAUAGGGAACUGUAUGUAUUUAGGCCCAAUGUAGCGCAAAUGAACAAAUUAAUAGUGUUUCAGAUUGUACAUAAUACAGCGUAAGCCUUUAAUGCCAGUAUCCUCAUACUGCUGUACAUGUGUAAUCAGGUCUAAGCCUUGUCUCUCAGGAAAAUAACUGUGAUAGAUCAGCCGUCACUGGCAUCCAGCAGAAUCACCAAGAGCAAUCACCGUUUCAGUUUGCAGUACGCAAUCAGCAUUAGUUUAAAUCACCAAACAUUCAGAAGGUAAAGCAGGUCUGAUUUGUGCUGACGUUUUGUGUUAUCUUGGUGGGCACAGCUGGCCUGAUGUAAGCUGGAGGCAUGUUGUACAGGAAUGAGCUGCAUUCUGUAUGAUGAAAUAAUUAACAAAAGACAUUUACAGGUGACAAAAACACCCAUUGAGGAUUGAAUAUCUCCUACCCAAAGGUGGAUUCAAUAAACACACACACACGCGCACACACACGCGCACACACACACACACACACACACACACACACACACACACACACACACACACACACACACACACACACACACACACACAC